AUGUGCACUGCACAGGCGCGGAAUCUGGAAGCAUGGCAGUCUUCUCCGGAGUUUCUGACGAAGGCCUCCGAGACCAAAGCGUUUCGGAGUCGCAUGGCGCAGCUCUUAGGCAGAGUAAACAUCUCCGAGGAUGGGACAGCAGCUCCCUUGGCAGACUGGUGGAAUACCUACGAUGAGAUCGCAGUGGCCGCACAGGCGCCCACGGGCAGCGCGGUGAACGCCAGCGACCUACAGGAGGCGGAGACGUUGGCGGCCUGGCAUGAGGCGGUCAAGUUUGGGCCCAAGUUGGCAGGCACCAAAUGCGGUGGCGCCUUGCUGCACGAAGUGGGCCUGCGGCUGCUGGACGAGGUCAAGUAUCCAGAUCUGCGGCUGACACAUUUUAGCGCCCACUAUGCCACCAUGCUGUGUUUGUUGUCCGCCCUUGGGGUGCCGGACUACACCGCUACUGACUCCUGGAUUCGGCAGGAGCUGUUGGGCCUGAGCAGCGUCCUGGCCUUCGAAGUGGCCAAAAUCGGCACGGGCGAAAGAGUGGUGGGGCUCUACUACUGGCCAGGCCCCGACAGCUCCACGGAGACCAGCGAGUCCUGGUUUGAGUCCAUCGUCGCGCGGCGCGGCCUCGGCAGCCUCAAGGCCUGGUGCACCGCCUGCGACAACUUCGAGCUGAAGCGCCUGGGACGCCUGGGGUGGGACCUGCCUGCGGUGGUCUUCGUCUUCCUGGGCGUAGGGGCCUCGGCCUUUCUGGCGGCCGGCUGCUAUGCCUUUCGCAAGAGCUUCCGAGGCUGCCUCUAUACCGAGGAGGCGCUGCGAAACGAAGCCGUGGACAUCGGACAGGAGAGCCGCAGCAUGAUUGCGGAGCGCGCCCCCCGCGCGCCCAUUGGGGCCUGCAGCCCGGCGCCGUCGCUGUGA